AGCAAUUAGUUGCUGCUGUUAGCUGCACAUUUAAACCCUAAAUAGCUGUCGUUUAUAUACGGUUAUCUGCUUCAGAAAUGGCCUGUUUCGGUUAGCCAUCCCGAACUAAUUACACUCACUUCUCUUGUUUCAACUUCAGGCUUCCCUGACACUUUGCCGGCUUGUUUUCUUUUUAAAUCACAAUGUUUACUAGCGUUGCUCUUCGGGCUCAGCUUGCCUCCAUAAUCGAUGCCUUGUCCAAAGCAGCCGUGGCAGAGAUCUCCAAAGUGGUGGAGGAUGACAUGGCGGUGGUGAGGCUGGAAAUGUGUCAGCGAGAAAAUGAGAUCAAGAAGCUGAAGAGCAACAUCCAGGUUCUGCACAGCGAGCUGAGGACCAUGCAGGGGAGUGUGCCCCAAAUACAUGACACCCUACAGGGGAGUGUGACCCAGAGACAUGACACCCUGCAGGGGAGUGUGACCCUGAGACCUGCUGACACCCUGAGAGGAGACACCCAGAUACCUGACACCCUGAGAGGAGACACCCAGAAACCUGACACCCAGAGAGGAGACACCCAGAGACCUGACACCCAGAGAGGAGACACCCAGAGACCUGACACCCAGAGAGGAGAGGACAGUCAUCAUACCACUGGUGAUGAGAGGACGUUGCUUGAACAGGGGAACGCUCAUAAGGACCAGAACAGCCCGUCUUCACCUGAGGUGGUGCAGGUGAAAUGUGAACCAGUAAAUGAAGGAGCUGGAGGACAUCCUGAGCCUCUGAAAGGAGAACCAGCUGUGUUUGAAAGGGACAGUGCACAGUGGCGGCCGACAACACAAACAGGAUGCAACAACUCCCAUUAUUUAAACUCCUUACCGUGUAUCCCCGGAUCUUCUGUGGCGCCCGGCAGCAGCAGCUCGGGGGGGUUUCAGCAGAGCCCGUUCCUCCGCGGGCUGCAGAGUUACGGUCAGUAUCGAAACUCGUUCAACACCAUGAGGAGGAGGACGGGGAAGAGGACGGUACUCAAGAAAGGCUUCAUCUGCUCGUACUGCGGGAAAAACUUUGAGCGGUCGGGACACCUGGAGAGACACAAGAGGAUUCACACGGGCGAGAAACCGUACCACUGUGAGGUCUGCGGGAGGAGGUUCAACCAGAAGUGCAGCCUGAAGGAGCACAUGAAGAUCCACAGGAGAUGUAUUCAGCCGACACCAGAGGAGAUCGAUGUGAAGGAACAGAAGCAGAUUCCUGUGGUGAACCCAUGUGCUGAUCCUCUUCAAACCAAAGAGGAGAUCCAGGUGAAAGCUGCAGAUGUCCUACCUAAGAACGAGGACAUUCUCACAACACCUGUCAAAUGUGAGCCUGCAGAGGAGCACACAGCACAAACACUGUUUCUUCAUGGAGGAAACGAGAGGAUGAGGGAAGGAGGAGACGAGCUCAGUGAGAACGUCUCAGCUUUUGAGAGGGAGAGCCAGCAGUGGAUGUCCAGCAGCGCAGAGAUCAGCAGCUCGGAGUAUCACAGCAUGACUUCCUUCCCGGGGUUAGCUCAGUUACUGCCUCCACCCGUCGAGGCGUCUUGCAGCUCCUUCUCCUUUCCAGCGAAGCCGUACGGAGAGCUCAAGAACAACAUGGUGUCCCAAACACCUUACGCCUCCUCAGACUCGCUCAUGAUUCCAGGGGAAGGAGGGAUGCAUGGAGCCGCGCUGAAUCACCAGAGAGGAAGCCGGCUGUUUCAGGUGAUCAAACCAAAGAAGUGCUUCGUCUGCUCGUUCUGCGGGAAGGACUUCGAGCGCGUCGGCCAUCUUGACAGACAUUUACGGAUUCACACCGGGGAGAAGCCGUACGGGUGCCAGAUCUGCGGGAGGUGCUUCAAUCAGAAGAGCAGCCUGAAGGGCCACAUGAAGACGCACAGGAACGGGGAGAGCUCAGAUAUGCUGGAGCCACAUCACCUGAUGCUCACGAUGCCGGACAAUCAGACGCUGAAGAACCUCACAGAACCAAGAACCGGCCCAGCAGAACCAGAGGAACAGGAGCCGACCAUCACGUACAGAGAGGCAGCCGGAGAGCAAACGGUGACGGUGAAGCUGGAGCCCAACGGGGAGGAUUAUCACCCUCUGAGUCACAACAGCACCGGAGCAACGGAGCAGAGCCAGCUGUGGACAUCUGGGAUGGAGCAGAGCAGUGAUGAGGAACAAACUGUGUGUGACACGUAUCACCUCAGUCCUGAGCAGCAGGAAUACACACCACAAGUCAGUGACCUGCCUUUUCUAGGUGACAAAGAGAAGGGAGAGAUGAUGCACAAUGAUCAGUAUUCAAUGAUGCAUUCAAGGAACACUAACAUGCCUUUAGUUCCAGAGCUGCAGGAUCAACACGUUGAUCAAGAGGCUGUGAGUGAGUACACAGCCGUGAGGGACAGGACUCAGGAGGGAGGUGUGUUUGAGUUUAAUAUCUCAGAUGGAGACACGACCAGACAAAACUGCUUUAUAUGCUCCAGUUGUGGGCAGAGCUUUCAUAGUUUCAGUCUGUUCCAGAGACACCCGUGUCAAAGCGUCACAGAGCAAUCCUUCAGCUGCAACAUAUGUGGGAAGGUUUUCAAUCAGAUGAGCAUCCUGAAGCUGCACCUGAAACUACAUGUAGAAUAAGUGAGUGUGUAGCGAAUCGACUAAUUAUUAAUUAUAAUAUUAAAGAUAUUAUUCGUAUCUGAAUAUAACCCAAUACACACUACAGAGGAAACGGAAACACGGAAAAUAUCUUCCUUGACUCGCUCAGAAAGAUCCACACUUUAGAUGUCCUGCAAUUUUAAACUAAUUCGUAGGGCUGCCCCAAAUAGUCGAUUAAUUAAGUCUUAAUCGAGCAAUUUUUAAUUAGUCAGGUCGCUAACUACCUGAAUGACCAGGCUCCGCUCUGAAUGAAGUCUGAGGGUUUCCGGCUGAUAUGGAGCUUUUUUUUCAACUACUCGACUAAUUAAAAAUUGCUCGAUUAAGACUUAAUUAAUCGACUAUUUGGGGGCAGCCCUACAAAUUAGUUUAAUAUAUAGGUCAAUAUGAUUUAUAAAGAAAUACUUGACAGAAGCUAAAGCAGAAGAUUGAAGAGCUUUUCGUUUUCUAAAUACAUUAUUUGUUAAGUACGGUCUCAUGGCAGUAAGGAUCAAUCUGUGUUCCUGAUAUUUUGCACUAAAUGUUUUCCUUUUUGUUUGUACCUCCGUUGCUCCUAUCUUAUUUGGAGCCGGCUAAUGACUUAAUCCCUGCACAGAGGAACCAAACAAUGUCAAGCAUUAUCGGUUUAAAUGAAACCUCCCGUCUGUUCUGUCACUUGGACUGAUAUCUAGUUUUACUUUACUGAUUCUUUUUUACUGGAUUCUUUUUUACAAUUUGUUUCAAAUCGUGAUAACAGUCACACAUUAAGUUAAAGGUAAAGUUGAAAUAUUGUUGUUUUUGCCUUUUUUAUUUGUGGUCUUUUCAAACUAAACUAACCACACCCUCUUCUAAAAGAACACUGUAAUGUUCCAUUUAAUUCCAUUUACUUCAAAAUAAGUAAAGGGAAAACCAUUUGCUCUGUAACUGAAUAUCCUGAUUAGAAAUUCAACAUGUUUUUUUUCCCCAGGAUAAACUUGGCCAAUCUUAUUUUUCAUCUUAAGAUAAUAAUACACACUUUGUAUGAGCGGUUUUAAGUGGAGUUUGGCUGUAUCAGAACAAAAGCUUUAAGUUCAUUGAUUUAGCAUUUCGACUAAGAUACAGGUUUAUUCUCUAUUCUGAUUUUGAAUGCCAGUUUCUUUAAGCUUUGAUAAGAUAUAUUCUACGUGGUUUCACACUAGUAUACUGAAUCUAAAAUAUAUUUAGUAUUUAUUUUCUGGAGUAUAUAAUAAGGUUAUUAUUCUCAAAAAAGUUGCUUAUGUGGUUACUUUACCAAAACAAACCUCAUACAACAACAUCUUGUACACCUCAAAUUCAGUUGACCUUUGAAGCAGCAUGUAAAGGUAUCUCAAUGAUGUCUGCUUCAUAUUGGUUUAGUUUCAUCUUUAAAAGGCAAGUUUCAAAGUGUUUUUGAAGGAAGGGACUAAGAUAUGUUACGGCUAAAUCAUGCACUAAACUUGCAUUAUGUAUAAAGAAGCAUUAAGUGUAACGCAUGUCUCUUUAGUCAUCAAGCAUUUGAGAGUCAUACAAUUUGAGGCUCCUCUAUCAUUUUAUAGCGUUUUAUUGAUCAUUUAUUGGCAACUGGACACAGCCAGUGUUGAGCAUUAAGCUCAUCAAACAACUAUCAUUUGAAAAGGACAGUAUGAUGUGUGCCUACUUUUUUUUAACAUGGUAAUGAAAUGCCCGACCCGUCCACUGCACUGUUACUCUUUUUAUUGAAGAGUGUUUACCGAUCAAUAUUUUCAAUCAAACUGCCAAUUGUAGUAUGAUUUCUGCAUAACUCAAGCACAUUAUACAGGCUGUUAGAACACGUUUGAAAAGAUACACAUGUAAUGUAUUUUUUGUUAUACAUUUCAAUCGAAGUGUGGAGUCUGGCACUCUAGUUAUUUUUAUGUUUGAUGAACAGUUGAAAUAAAGGAUUUUUCUAUGUCAAA